UUGAAAAUGGCGGCGAAGACUGAACUGCAGUGUCAAAAUGUUCAGCUGUUUAACGGCUAUUUUUGUUUUUAGCUAAACGCUAACAGUUAGCCUCUUGGUAUGAUUUAAAUUCAGUCUCGUGUUAAAUGUUUAUAUCGAGUACAUUAGAUCUCUAAUGUUUAUAUAUGUUUUGGGAAUGACAUUUUAGUUCAUAUUAUCUCUAAACCGAGUAAAAAGCUCCAGCUGUUGUGCUGAAGAUGGAGCCUAGUAGCAGCAGAGGACAGGACAGCAUCCUCUCCAGAGUUGCCCUCAAUGACAACAAGGCAGGAAUGCAAGAUCUCGACAAGGACAAAAUCAACAAGAUUAUUCUAGAAACGUCCAAGGGAUCCAGAUUCUAUGACAAUGAACUGAAAAAGGAGCGUCAAGUGAACCAGCGCAUUGAGAGGAUGAUGCGGUAUAAAGCUAAGGUUACUGAACAGCAGAUACAGAAAGCCCAAGCAGAGGUGGAAAAUCUGGCUGCUGAUCUGGAAAGAAGUCGUGAGCUGGGCAGGGUGAUUGUGCAUGUGGAUAUGGAUGCAUUCUAUGCUGCUGUGGAGAUGAGAGACUGUCCAGAACUGAAGGAUAAACCCAUGGCUGUGGGAUCCAUGAGCAUGUUGUCCACUUCAAACUACCAUGCCAGGAGAUAUGGUGUCCGUGCUGCCAUGCCAGGCUUCAUUGCUAAGAAGCUUUGCCCAGAUUUGGUCAUUGUUCCACUCAACUUUGACAAAUAUAGAGCAGUGAGUGAACAGGUGCGUGAGGUAUUUGCAGACUAUGAUGCCCACUUUUUGCCCAUGAGUUUAGAUGAAGCUUAUCUGGAUAUCACUGAGCAUCUGGAACAGAGGCAGCACUGGCCUGAGUCUUUGAGAACGCAUCAAAUCUGUGAAGAGAAGACCACAGGAGGGAUAAACGAACUCAAGAGCCUGUCCCCUGUGCUGUUUGAGGACAGCCCAAGUUCCUCCCCUGAUCAGAAAGCGGAGGUAUUUGGGACAAGUCCUGAAGAAGCUGUGAGGGAGAUGCGAUUUCGUAUUGAGCAGAAAACAAGACUGACUGCAAGUGCUGGUAUCGCACCGAAUAUGAUGCUCGCAAAAGUGUGCAGCGAUAAAAACAAGCCCAAUGGUCAAUAUCGUAUUCUUCCAGAUAGAAAGGCUGUGAUGGACUUCAUCCAAGAGCUGCCUGUUCGGAAGGUCUCUGGGAUCGGGAAAGUGACCGAGAAGAUGCUAGCUGCAUUGGGUAUCGUCAUUUGUUCCCAGCUUAGACAGCAGAUGGCGAUGCUCUCAUUGCUUUUCUCUGAGACAACCUGGCACCAUUUCCUCCAGAUUUCACUCGGAAUUGGCUCAACUCGCAUAGAAAGAGAUUCUGAGAGAAAAAGCAUGAGCACAGAAAGGACAUUUGCAGAGAUGAGCAUUGCACACGAGCAGUAUUCAUUAUGCAGGGAGCUCUGUCACGAUUUGGCAAAGGAUCUGCAGAGGGAGGGCCUCAAGGGUAAAACUGUCACUUUAAAACUGAAGAAUGUCAACUUUGAGGUGAAGACCAGAGCAUUCACGUUGCAGUGUGCUGUGUGCACUGAAGAGGAGAUAUUUGCUGCUGCGAAGGACCUAUUGAAAGCUGAGAUUGAUAAUAUCAACCCUCUACCCCUGAGGCUGAGAUUAAUGGGUGUUCGGAUCUCAAGCUUCGUCAGUAUGGAUGAUAAACAGCCUCAGCAGAAAAGCAUUAUGGGGUUUCUGAAGAUAGCAUCAGACUCAAGCAGUUCAGUUCAGCCGUCGAAAUCAGAAAUAGUCAGUGAGUUGGGUUCACAGUGUCCUGAGACCAGAAAUCCUUCAUUUAUAGGAGAAACAUCCAAGCCAUUUAAUAAGUGGCAGACAAAAUCUAGCUGCACAACUGAACCUCAGCAACAUACAUUUUUCCAAAAAGCCUAUGCAAAGAGACUUCAAAAGCAAUAUGAAGAAGAAGAAACAUCUGGUCCAUGCACAGACAAAAUAUUGAAAUGUUUACCCACGGUAUCAACAAAUAACUCUGCUUUUACAACUGACCAAGCAGCAGACAAAACAGAAGAAACUCAGACAUGCACAUGGAUAAGACAUCUGCAUACAGAUGAAACUUCAGCCAAAGCUGACUCCAGUUUGUCCACAGCAAACACAGGAGCAAAAACACAGUCUUCAAAUAUCCUCCAGUGUUUUACAUGUCCUGUGUGCUUCAAUAGUAUAGAAACUGAAAACCUCUCAUCAUUCAACCAACAUAUAGACAAAUGCCUUAGCAGUGAACUGGACAAUAAGAGGACAUCCAUGGAUGAAUGUCAAGAUGUGUGUGAGGAAAAUAAGCAGUUGGGCAAGCAGGAUGAAUCUUGCAUUCGUAAAGUGACAGAUUUAAGUUCAGGAAGCAGAAAUUCACUGCUGGAAAGAAAUAAUGAAGGGCCUUACACCAGCUCCUCCAGUGCACAUUCUGAUUGUAGUACACCAUUAUUUAAACACUUUAAAUGCAUGAGCGAAAAGCGUUCUCUCGUGCCUCAUGAGGACAUGAGUGAUACUGGAUCUGUAUCCUUCCACCAGACAGCUAGCUCAGUUGAAGUUAUCAGUGAGCCACUGGACAGAAGGGUCUCCACCUUGACAUGUCCAGUGUGCAAUCAGGCUCAGGAUAGUGAUGACCUCAUUCUCUUCAACCAUCAUGUGGACAUGUGUCUUAACCAGGAAGUGCUUUUGGAGUUUAGAGAAGCUGUUCCUCCAAUGGCUCAAUUCGAUUCCAAAGUCAAAGAUCAUGAGAAAUACCCUACUGCAAGAGGAAAGAGCAAAAGACAAGGAUCCUCACCACCUCCUCCACCAAAGAAAACCAAAGCCAUCAGCACAAGACACACCAUUGAUCAAUUCUUCAAAGGAAACAGCAAACAAUAGCGCUUCUUAAUAGCGCUUUGAAAUAGCGCUUCUUAAAUAUUGAUUUCUGUAUCUGCUACUUCAUAUUGCAGGCAUGACUGUCAGAUGCAUCAUGAGAAAUGAUCAUAUCACUAGAGAAGAUGUGAUGCUGAACUUUUUUCCAUUCUGGAUGGAAAAAAGUUAUAAUAAGAAGCUAUAUCAAAUCUUGUGUUAUAUUUUAGAAGUAUUUUAUUACAGAAAAUGCACUUUAUUAUCCAUAACUGCACUUUAUUGACCAUAUACUUUAUCUGGAAAAGCAGAAGGAUCAAAACCAUGAGAUAGCAGUUAAUUUGUUUGAUUUUGUAUU